AGCAAAUCGGCUGUCAGAUCCCAAGCCACCAUUUAUGUGCAUUGUACAAAGAUACCUAAUGCAAGCUUGAAUAGUGAGCACGUCGUGGUGUUGAACGCGCACCUCCAACAGCAAACCGCAAUCGCAAGGCUGACAUCCCCGGUCAUCUCAAUUCGCCAAGCCCAACACCUCCGCCCGCCGACAUCACAGCUUCAACCUCACGCACUCGCGCCCACACACCCCCGUCCCACCCCGCAAGCCGCGCUCUACUACCUCAAGAACCGUCAAAAUGGCCGGCGGACACGAAGCUCUUCACAAGGAUCCCGCGAUCAUAAAAUGGAACAACAUGACCGUGAACCGUCACAAGUACUUCCGCUGGACGAAGCGUACCGCCUUCAUCAACAUCGCAUACGUUCUCGUUGUCCCUGCGACUCUGGGAUACAUCGGAUAUAUCACUGAGGGCAAGUGGGAUAUGCGCGGCAAGAGGAGGGGAGACACUAUCUCUGAAUUCUAGAGGGAGAUUGAAUCGUGAGAAAUAUUGGGGAAAGAAGAGCAGAAGAUCGCUAGCGUGUAU